AUGCUAGCUGAAGUCAUUGUGAUUCAAUCAACUCGUGGGACCAUCUCAACGGCGCGUCUCAGACUCAAGACGAGUCGUUGGAGGCGUUUACCAAGGCUCAAGGGCGGGCGAUUAAGGAUUACUUGGCAGAGAUGCAAACAGAGGCUGAAGAAGGAAGGGAAGCCGUUAAUGGCGGAUGGGAAGAAUGUGGUUGUCAAUGAACAACAGGUCGAUAAGUUUCUUUACACGACUCUUAAGUUGAACUCUACCAUUAUGUACCACUCCAGAAUGGCCGCGGUGGUGCUUGUCAGCCUUCCGCCUCCGCCACUCAACCACCCGGCCUAUUUCUACAUGGAGUAUAUGGAUUUGUUGGUGGAGAAUAUUCCUAGGAUUUUGAUUGUUCGAGGUUACCGUAGAGAUGUCGUCACUUUGUUCACGUAG